CGGCCUUUUCUGUCAGCUGAUGGCGUCUCUGUAACUCGGCCCUCUCAUAGUUUGGCUGUUUCUGGAACAAAUUGAGGGUUAGGUUUCAUUUUGUUGAAAACGAUCAUUUAGUAAAGAUCUGGUUGUGAGAAGCAGCUACAGUGAUUCAUUCCAGCCAUGGUCUGCAUUCCGUGCAUCGUCAUUCCAGUCCUGCUGUGGGUUUACAAGAAAUUCCUGGAGCCCAUCAUUUACCCCUUCAUUUCUCCCAUCCUGAGCCGUCUCUGGCCUAAGAAAGCAGUGCAGGAGAAUCUGACAGGCACUGCAGCAGAAAAAGGGAAAAGUAAUGGAACGUGCAAGACGGAAUGUGACUGCAACGGGGAAGCGAACAGUUCCACUGCCAAUGGACCCACAGCAGUUUCUGACAAAAAGAUGGACUAAUAUAACAAGCUGUAAUUGAAAGAAUGAAGAUUUUUCCUACCCAACGGAGAUUACCUGGAUUAUUGAAAUAAUAAAUGAUUUAUUUAAAUUAUCCUUUUUCCUCUGUUUAUAAAAAAAAUGACCUCUGACUCUGGGCACAUCAGAAUUGUUUUUUGUAUAAACUGUAUGUAAACUGUGUUGAAUGUAUAUCAAUAUGUAAUAAUUUAGAAAAAUAUUUAAACUGUACAAUAGAAAUCUGAAAUGGAAUCAAAACCCAUUCUCUUUUGUAAGGGUUCUGGUGCCUCCGAUAGUUGUAUAUCAUGACAUUGUUUUUUUUUUAUUUACUACUCUUACUUACGCUCUGUGCUUUCUCACAUUAUUGAUUUAUAAUGUUAUAUGCAGCACUCCCUUGUAGCAGUGGAAAAUCUGGUGUCUUUUGAAAUCAGCAAUUUGCUCGAUUCCACUUAAGCAUGUGGUUAAAAGGACAAGCACUGGAUGAAUGGCCUGGGUUUUUAAUGACUAUUAAACUAGUAAUAAUAGUAAUUGC